AUAACAUAUAAUUCAUGCUAAAAUACUAAUAUUUUAUUGAUACUUGCAAAAACAAAGAGCAAUAAAUCCCGCAAUUAUGCGAUAUAGUGAAGGAGAAGAUCUUGAUAGGGUAUUCGGAUUUAGAAAUUUGGUUUUCGAUAAAGAAAUACAGUGAUCACAUCGAUUAAGUGAAAAAGAUAUGGGAUUAGACAGAUUAAGUGAAUUGCAAAUCUUCACUGGAUAGUUUUCUUCAUAGUUACGCGGUUGAAAUUCAUAAUGUAUUUACGAAAUACAAGCAGCACUUGGAGAAGGUGAAAUAGUUAUAAUUGAUAGAUAAGAGGAUAUCGAAGAUUGUAUAGGAUACCAUUAGCUUCGAAGAAAUGGACGCAAAUAAAUCAUUGCAGAUUACAUUUUAAAUAAUGAAAAUAGAUGAAUUUAAUAUAUUAGAUUUUUAGAAGGAUGAUAAAAAUUAUAUUUAUACAUUAGAAUUAUCCUAUUAGACCUUGUUGAGAAAGAUUAAGGGAAAUGUGGAGACUGUUGCAUAGAGAUUGAAUUUUGAAUAGGAAAUAAUGAUGGAUUUGACUAUAGACAUAGGAACCUUGCAAAUAAAUCUAUUUCAAGAAUACGAGAACGACCAAAUAUGCAUAGCCCAACGCAAUUUGGAUCCGUUCACACAUUUGAAUGAGGACUUGAAGUAGUUCCCAUUGAAAGUGAAUGGGAAGGACAAAUACAUAAAUCUCUAGAUGAAAAUCACAUGUUUGGAUAAUGUGAAUGGUUAUUUAAGAACUCGGUAGAAGUAUCUAAAAGAUUAACAUGAAAAAUUAUACAAGAAAUGUCAUAAAUAUAAGACUAAACUAACACUAUUAUUGAAACCGUUUUAAUUGAUAAAGUUUGAUGAUGAGAACAUCUACUUGCAAAAGAUGUAACAAAAGUAGAAGAAUAAGGAAUGCUGGAACUGCCUUAUUUAAUGAGACCCUUAUAUAUAUAGAUAUAAUUU